AUGGAGAAGCUCAAGCACAUCCUUCAUCACCACAAACGCAGGUCGGAAAGCCGUCCGUUUUCCGUCACCGCCUUCCGCCACUGGGUCGUAGCCUUCGUCAUAUGCGACUUCAACGUCGACGUUGGCCCCGAGGUGGUUUUCGUCUAUCCGCCCGACACGCCUUUCUCCCAGGCCGAUCUCUCUGCCAUAUGCUUUAACAGCUUCCCCGAGCAGCAUAACGCCGAAACUCUUCAAGGCCUGUCGUUCCAAUUUACCAUUCGCAACCGCUCUCCAGACAUAUUGCUAAGCUCGCCAUGCUCUCCGUACGGCAGCCCGAGCAAUCUUUUUGGCAACUGCGUAUUCCGCCAAGAAUUCGAUCAGACAACCAAGAGAAGCUUCAACCAGAAGAGCUUGGUGCUAAUCUCCAACCACAACUUCCCUGCCUUUUACAUGAGAAUGCUUCACCAGAUGGCCCUGACGGGCAUUUCGCUUGACCCAAACAUAUUUGAGGCUGCCUGCUCACAGAUCGCGGCAUGGCCUCCUCCGUCAAUAGGGCGCCAUGAGCUGCCUUUCAUGGGCUCUUUGCUUGCUGUUGAAAUCGCGCCGCAUCUGGCAUUCCCACUCCAAGGCUUAAUAUCUUCGCCCAGCGACCGCUCCAACAGCAACUCUGGGCCAAUAUACGCCUAUCAGCCAGUGACCUCAUGGGAAGGAUUGAUGCCCUUUCUAACCUCACUAUCAGACCUGUAUGUUGCUUAUGAGAAAAUGCUGCUCUGCGAGAAUGUUGUCGUCAUUGCAAAAAGCCCUCAGAUCUGUAGUGAGGUCGUUUCUGCGCUGGUUGAUUUGAUUAAGCCAAUCCCUUAUGCCGGAGAUAUCAAGCCCUACCUAACGAUGCAGUCUGAAUUUUGUGCCGCAGGCCUUAACGGAGGUACUUCGAGACACUUCAUUGUUGGUAUAACCAACCCGUUCCUGUUGAAGAGGAUCGUGACUGCUGCGGAGAACAGUGGUAGCACAAGACCAUAUGUGGUAUACUUGCACAGUGCGGAUGUUCCUGUGCCUGUCAAACAUCGCCGUUCAACGUCACAGCACGUUCCACCUGGAUUCGAAAUUCCCGGUGGCAUCGAUACAAAGCAGGAUGCAAAGAAAUACAUCAAGGCAGACCGCGCCUUCCUGGAUGAGCUUGACAACAUGAUGCGAUCUGGAAGAACAAAUAUGGAUACCAUCGGGCCGUUGGUCCGUCGUCACUUUGCAGAACUUACGGCGCAAUUCUUGUCUCCGCUGAUCAGAUAUUUGGCCACAAGCAUGUCACAGACCGUCAUUUCACCUGGCGGCAACCUGCAAUAUGCCAACUUUUCAGAGCCCGACUUCCUGCAGAGCCUAGCAAAACACGGGACGUCCGUUAAGUUUCGUGGCCAAGGUCCUCUCCAGCGACACAGGGCACGAGAUGCGCUGUACGUAGACUUUUGUCGCUCUCCGAACUUUUACUCUCAUCUCGAGAUGAAGCUCAGUCUGGAGAAGGAGGCUUCGGCCGGCCUGCUGAAUGGACCAUCGAAAUCUUGA